GUGUGCUGAGGUUGCCCAAGCUAAUGCCGAGGCCCUUCAUGUUACGGCCACCGUGUUGGACAGUCUUCUUGCUUUGCCUUUCAACCGUGUCGUUCGAGGCGCCGUCGCCUCUCCUUUUGCAGGUGCCCCUUCACAGGCCAAGGCCGAGGUCUUCGCACGUUGCUGGAACAGACUAGGCCGCCGCCUUAACGAAUGGAACGCCUCUGGCCCUGUCACUCGGGAGGACCUGGGCCGUUCUGCUGGUAAAGUUGAGAAGAUUGAGGAGCAGAUUAGAGUUCUUCAGCACGACAAAACUGGGCAGGCCUUCGCUAUGCCAAGCCUUGCCCUUGCGCAGGAUGUGGUAGCUUCCAGGAUCGCUUUCACAGGGGUCCCUGAGUUUGACCCAUGUCCUUAUUUGGACGACGAGCUUCGGAACCUGUACCUUCGGCCAAAAGACUUCGCCUGUGGCUACGCCGAUCUCCCCUUUGACCCCCCUAAGGGUGAUCGCUUGUGUUUGCGCCCGGCCUCUCAAGCUGCUGCAGAGUGGUGCUGUGGGGUGUUCUCAGUGCCGAAAAGCUCCGAGCGGGACAGGUUGAUAAUUGAUGCCAGGCCCAGCAAUGCCCUCCAGACCUGCGACAACCGAUGGUUGAUCAUGAUGCCCACCGCUGCAAGCCUGCUGGGUUUCGAGCUUGAAGGUUGCGAAGUUUGCACUUUCUCAGGAGCCGACGUACGGGAGUUCUACCAUAACUUCCUGGUGUCGGAUCAGCGAUCGUCCUUGUACACGUUCGUUGGCAGUUUCUCGCCCGCUGACCUUGCGUGCCUAAAGAGCUUCACCCCAGACCUCUUUCAGCACUCUCACGUCUGUGCCUCUCUUCGGACCAUGGCAAUGGGCGAUGUGAACAGCGUGUCCUUCGGGCAAGCUAGCCAUAUAGGGCUCCUGCUUGCAUAUCAGGUCAUUGACCCGCGCUGCCUCCUCACACUCAGGGGCGGCGUUCCGCGCGGGGAUUUAGCCCUAGGGGUUGUUAUAGACGACCUCGUGUGCAUUGAGCGGUCGCUGCGGGACAUCGGCCCUACCAAGGCUGCCCCAGUGAUGGAACGAGUGCAUCAGGCUUACAGGUCCGCCCCUCUCCCGGUCCACCAGGGCAAGUGCUUUGAAGACCAGCAUUGCGCAAGCUUCUGGGGAUCUGAGGUAGACGGGCUUGCAGGCUGGGUGCGGCCGUCUUGGGCUCGCCUAGUGCCUUUGGUCAGCCUCACCAUUGCUUGUCUCAAACUCCCAGUGCUCAGCGUUAGCCUUUUGGAGGUUUUAGCCGGGUCGUGGGUUUCAGUCGUUUCCUACCGCAGGCGCUUGCUCAGCUUGUUGAACCAUAUCUACGUGAUCCAGCGGGGGAAAAGCAGAGACGCUAUAGUCCCUUCCACGCCCGGCCUUCGCGCUGAACUGUUCGUGCUGUGCGCCCUCGCCCCCUUCAUCGUGUGUGACAUGCGUGCUUCUUCGUCGGGGUGCCUUGUCUGCACUGACGCUUCGGACAUGGUUGGUGCCGGUGCCUGUGUUAACAUCGAGAAGGUGUGGGCAAAGGAGCUUCAUCGGCACGCCUUGAGCAAGGGCCUUUGGAACCGGCUCCUACGUCCUAGCGAGUGUUUGCUCCGCCGCUCUGGCGACUUAGAUCAAGAGGACGAGCUCCCUGGUGAGAGCUACCGUACCCAUGCCUUGUGGAGUUCCCUUUGCAGGUUUCUUCAGUUCAAGGUUUUAGGCUCUUUCAAGCGACGGGGCAGUACGCACAUAAAUGUGAAAGAAGCCGAGUCCUAUCUGGCAGUCGAAGAGCACCUCGCUGCAGGCGUCUGGGAGAGCGCCAGGACCCUGGGUCUCCUAGAUUCUCAGGUUGUGCUGGGGGCCUUGAUCAAAGGCCGAUCGAGCUCGCCCUCGCUGAAUGUGCUUCUUCAGGGAUCUGUUCCUGCAUACGUCUUUUUCAACGUGCACCCUUCUUACAGCUUUGUUGCUUCCGAAGACAACCCUUCUGACGAUCCGAGUCGACUCAGGCCGAUCCGUUCUCCCUCUGCCCCGGUACCUGCUUGGUUCACCGCCGGCGCUGCAGGAGACUUCUCUGAGCUUGACCUUUUUCUUGAGUCCUUCGGACUCCUCCCUGACCAGCUCCAAGGCCUGCCCGAGUUGCUUGCGUCUUUCGCCGCCCGCUGUGGAGAUCCUUUGCCUUCUAGUGCCAUUCGUCGAGAGUACUCCGAGGGCCAAUGUGAUGAUCGUUUGCAGAGGGAAUCCGCUCCUGACGGCGCUGGAGAGGCUCAGAGCUUUUCGGGGGUCGCCGGCCCAACGCCUCUUCGCGCCCUGAGUGCGCUGUGUACCUCGGCCUCUUUGCGAGCAAAUGCCUUGUCGCGCGACCUUUGCAAACCUGAGGUGCAGCAGCGGCUCCUUGCGGCAGCCCCUUUAGGUACCGGAGCCGGGAGCACCCCUGUGGACUUCGCUGCGUUGCUCUGCGAGCUUCGCAUCCCGUUCUGGAUUUCCGGACCGGCCACCUCCCUCAUGUGGGCCCAUCCCUCCGUUGUUGAGCUCCUCGGUCGCCUCCCUACGCCCUGUUUUUGGACUUUCGACCGCUGCCGUUUCUCAGAGCCAUGGCUAAAGCGCACCCGUGUCCUGGUUACCACUGACUUGGCAGGGGUCGAGCACCUUUGCACAGGUGGGCACGAGCAUCAACGACUUCGAGGCAGGGUGUGUGCUGUUGGACCGGACUGGACUAAGAAUGCUGCUGCUUGGCCUCGCGGAGCAGCCCUUGAGCUUGCUCGGAGUCUGGCUGCUGAGCUGGUGAGCGCCGCCGCCAGCGAGAGUGGAGUUGCUUUUGUUGGGCAUCGGCGAGUUGGAGAAGCAAAAAAUCCUGGACCCCCGAAGAGGGUCCCUCGACGUGGUUCUCUUUUCGACGUCGAGCUCAUCGAGGCUUCCACUCUCAGGGUCAGAGCACAGAUCUGGACAGUCUUCAUAGCAUGGCUGCGGGAGGGGCUAUCUGAGGGUGCUGUUCUCGGCAUCUUCAGGUGCCCCCCUUUGCUAUCUCUUAUGCUGCGGGACUAUGGUGACGUGCUUUACAGAACUGGUUUUCCUCUGGGUUCUUACCGCCAACUCUUAGCUCACGCGCAAAAGUUGCUGCCACUGCUCAAACCGCACAUGGCGGUAGCUUGGAACAUGGUCACGAGGUGGCAGGAACUCCAGCCGGUCUGCCACAGGACCCCUCUUCCAGAAGCUUUACUGCGUGCCAUGGUGGGGCUCGCUUUUUCGCACGGCUGGAAAGUGUGGGCCGCCACUACUCUGGUGAUGUUUUACUUCAUCUGCAGGCCAGGUGAAGUGCUUCGAGCUCUCAGGCGAGAUCUUUUGACACCGGGAGACACACUGGAACCUCACCACAAGUGGCUUUACCUGCGGAUCCGAGCUCCGAAGACGAAGCGACGUGGAGCCAAGAUACAGCAUGCUAAACUAGAUGAUCCGAUCGCUCUCGAGAUAGCUCUCUCGGUCUGGGAGCAGUUACCUCGGGGCCGAGCGUUGUAUCCGGGCAGCCCGUCUGCGUAUCGCCGCCGCUGGGACGUCCUGCUUAGAACUCUGGGUAUUCCAGCUACAGCAGCGUUGACUCCAGCAUCUGUGCGAGCCGGAGGCGCCAUCUGCGCUUUCCAACGAGGCACUGCGGUGACGGACUUGAUGUGGAGGAUGAGAUUAAAAUCUCAGGUCACCUUGGAGCACUACCUUCAGGAAAUGACUGGAUUCUCUGUUCUCCCCUCUUUGCCGGCGGAAGCUCGUCGAAGGAUCAAGGUGGCAAACUGUUUCUUUCGAGCUGUCGAGGAAAGGGCCAUCUACUGCAAGGCGGCGCGCGUUGCGGCCUGUGAUGGAGUGGAGGCUGCCUCCAUUCUUGGGGGUACUUUGGCCUCUUUGGUCUUUCGAGCGGCCGAGGAGCUUCUUCCAGGCCGCGUGCCGGGCCGCUUUACCGGAUCCUCUGAUUGCAUGGGAUCUUCUGAUCCUGUUCUGCAACUUCUUGUCACAACUGUUCAGGACUUGACUGCCGAGGUACUUACGUUGAUCCUGGUCCAGCGGGUCGGGGCAUCACAGACGAGGGAUCAUAGUGGUAAGACCUACGAUCCGCCUUUGCUGGCACGAAACUUUGAGAGCAUCAAGCGGCUUGUCAAGCCCGCUGGGUUCGUUGCCGGAGAAGCUGUUUUUGCCGGCUUCCCUUCUCAGUGGGAGGCCUCGCUUGCUGCAUCCAGUCUGGAAGCUCGGCCUAGGGAGCUUCGUUUUGCUUAUGUGGGUGGUGAAGUGAAUUAUGACUAUGAGCUUGGUGCCUUAGCUGUUGGAGACGGCGAUUCUCGGCGCACCAUUUCAGUUAUUUUGGUGGUCCCGUUUGAAGGCAGGACCUUAGCAGUUUUCCCUCAGAAAGCUUGGGACAAGAAAGUCAAACAGCGGAAGUUGCCUGCUGGGCCUUUCUCUCGCCCUAUGCUUGUUGAAGUUGCUUGUGCAUCUGCGACCGACCGUUCAGUCGUGGGAACCGAGCCGCCUGUGAAAGUUUGGAUAGGGCUUCUAGCUGCGAGCCUGGCCGACCAGGUUACCUUUGAAUCCGGCGAGCUGCCAGACAUUUCUUUUGCCACCUCGACUCGUGCAGGGCUUCCAUUUGCAGAAGCGUUGGUGGAGCUUGGGGAGGCCCAUUUUGGUUUUCAGAGUGCUCUGAGUGCUCCGGUGGACGGGGCGGGGCAUGAGCAAAGAUUCAGGGCCCUUGAGGCCAGCAUUGCCCGCAUCGCGCAGAGUGUUGAGAGGCUUGCUGGUGCUUCUGAUCGUCCCGGUGCCGCGGGGCCUUUCUCCGAGAAAGCGGGGGCUAAGAACAAAGCCGCUGCAAAGAAGCCGCGUGCGCCUCUCACCGAAGGCUCCGUGCCGGGGACUCCGAGGCCGCCUGGUCGGGCAAAGGAGAUCGCGUCGUUGGACCCUGCUGUUACCAAGGCAGCGUUGGGGGUCGGUGUGUCGCCCGCCGAGCUCGCUGAGAUCGGCCGCCACAUGAGAGGGCGGCGAGGGGGGCUUGACGAUUUCCCUGGAGCCGACGACCCGGUCCCCGACGACGAGCUGGGCAGCGUGCUAGCCCAAAGCGGGCUUGAGGACGAAGGGCACGAGCCCGAACAGGGUGCGCCUGCGGUCGAGCGAGCCGUGCUGGCCCUCACUGGGAUCAUGAAGCAGCUGGUCGAAAAGAAAAAGCAGAGCGAUCGGGCCGGCACGUUGGAUGCUUAUCUUGAUCACGCUGAAGGCGGAACCGGCUCGGACUCAUUCAGCUUCGGAGGUCCCUCAGGGUCUCGAUCGAAGGCCGCCGCCUACCGUCUUUUGCGAGAGAGUCUCGAGAAAUCGCCCGAGCUUGUUUACCAGGAAAUCGAGCGACACAUGGAUGAGGACUUGCUGUCCCGACGUGCGGUCGGAGCUCUGUCUUCUGCCCAAAGCUCAGCUCGAGCAUGGAUCGAAUUCCGGUCCAGAGUCGGGUAUUUUCCGACCACGAUCAGGACCCUAUGGUGCCUAGGGGGCAUCUUAGACUGUUUGAGGGACGGGCGCACCGGAGAAGCCCGUGCUCGUACUUGUCUCGCCAUAGCGGCCUUGGACCAACAGUGCAUCGACUCGGGGCAGUGGACGUUGGCACAGGAAAUCUUACUCGAAGCGCCACCCCCCUUAGGAUCAUUCCAGGGACGCAGAGUGCUGCAUGAUCCGCUGGAGAGCUUUCACACGAGAUUGCUGAGCAGCCGCUGGUCCGAGUUACUUCUGCAUCGGGUGAAAGAGUUGGAGGCCUUCCUUGAGGCCAAACGCAAGUUAGGUCGCGGUGGCCGUCGCAUCCCCAAGAAUGGUGCGCAGGGAUCUGCCGACAGAUCAG